AUGCCGAGCAGCUUGCUCUCCCUGCUUUCGCGCUCGCGGGCGCGCGUCUUCCACACUCCGCGGAUGUCCGCGCUCUCCGCGAGACUCGUAUCGACUCUACCAAAUACGCAUAUCUUCCAGGCACUUCAGAAACAUGACCCUGAAAGCCUGGCUGUCGUGCAUAGCCUGUCAGCUCGGUCAUUUACCUAUGGUGGUCUAAUUGCCGACGUUGUCCGGACUAAGGAGGAGCUGGAACGAAAGGCUGCGGCGGCGCAGGGCCAAUUGGUCGGCGAGCGGGUGGCAUUUCUCGCGGAGAAUAGCUAUGACUACGUAGUGACGUUGCUGGCGAUCUUUGCUACUGAUGCCAUUGCGCUCCCGCUUUCCCCGUCGUUUCCGACUGGGGAGUUGAAGUAUAUUCUGGAUAAUUCUCAGGCGAAAAUGCUGCUGGCGACUGAGAAGUAUGCUGAUAAGGGCAUGGAGAUCUUGCGGGAGGGAUUGGAGCAUGAGCCUAUGUUCAACGUCCGGAAUAAGCUCACACAGGGCGCAUCAAAUCAGAGCGUAAGCCUGCAAGAUCUCAAACAGCCCUCCGGUGGAAUGAUGCUAUACACAUCCGGCACCACGAAUAGACCGAAAGGCGUCCUGAUCCCACAGUCCGCACUGGCAGCGCAAGCAUCAUCACUCCUCGAAGCAUGGAAGUACACACCAAAUGACCGACUCCUACACUUACUCCCACUCCACCACAUCCACGGCGUGGUAAACGCAAUUCUCGCACCUUUAGUAGCAGGCUCCUCCAUCGAGUUCAUGUUCCCCUUCCACCCAGAACAAGUCUGGAAACGACUCGCAGCACCCUUCCUACCAUCCAACACCAAACCACCCAUCACAUUCCUCACCGCCGUCCCAACAAUCUACAACCGUCUAAUGACCACCUUCCCCAACCUGCCCGAGGAGACCCAAAAAGCCGCCAAAAAGGGCAUCUCCCCACAAACCCUCCGGCUCAACAUCUCCGGCUCCGCCGCCCUCCCAACCCCGACAAAAUCCGCCUGGAAAACCCUAAGCAACGGCAACAUCCUCCUCGAACGCUUCGGCAUGACCGAAGUCGGCAUGGCAAUCAGCUGCGGUCUCGACAAUGCAGACCGUGUAGACGGCAGCGUCGGCUGGCCACUACCAGGCGUAGAAGCCCGACUAGCCGAUCUCGAGACGGGGGAGAUAAUCCCAGAGAACGCGGUGGAUGCCAACGGCCGCGAACGCGAAGGCGAGAUCCAGCUGCGCGGGCCAUCGAUCUUCAGCCAUUACUGGGGUAAUGAGAAAGCGACGCGGGAGAGCUUUGUCGAUGACGAUGGAGGCGCACCGUGGUUCUGUACUGGAGAUGUGGCGUUGCGCAAAGUAGUUGAUGGUGCUGGGAGUGGAAGGAGUGGGGACUGGGCACGGGGAGCUAUGUAUUUCAUUCAGGGACGGAAGAGCGUUGAUAUUAUCAAGACGGGUGCUGAGAAGGUUAGCGCUUUGGAGGUUGAGAGGGAGUUACUUUCUCUUCCCCAAAUCACAGAAGCUGCUGUCGUCGGUCUACCCUCUGAACGGUGGGGACAGAAGGUCGUUGCAGUGGUUGUUCUCUCUGCCGAUGCAGCUGCUUCGGGUCGGACUGGUCGGUGGGGACCGAUGGAUAUGCGACGGGCGUUGAAGGACCGUCUUGCUUCUUUUAAGAUGCCGCAGGAGAUGAAGGUUUUGGAGGCAAUUCCGCGGAAUGCUAUGGGCAAAGUCAAUAAGAAGGCUCUCGUGAAGGAGGUUUUUGGGGUUUGA